UGUUUCCAUUCUGAAUAUGCCAUUUUGCACACCCGUCGUGCAGAAUGAGCUAAAUCGAGUGCACAGUCACAGACUAAUCAAAAUGAUUAUAGCACUGACUGAAUACUGCGCUCAUUGACUGGAAAUCUUAAUUUUAUUUUCUUCAUUUAUUACGCAAACAUUAUAUUAACCCUAUUAUAACAUUGUACUAUGCUUGUUAAUAACGGCAUAUCUGCUCCCCUGUAAUAAAUGGUCCGUUUUUCUGUGUAUGAUCUCAUCUCUGCCUGGAUGAUAGGAGGAGAGAGAGGAGCGACAUCACUAGAUUAGACAGGAAACUCUUUAGUAAAUCUACGGCUCUCUUGUUGCUGCCUUCGCGAGUGAUCAUCUGAAAUGGCGACCAGUGUAAAGAGGCCGUCCCUAGGUCCGGUCCCUCCCCCCAGGAAGAAGUCCAGCCCCAAGUCAGAGCUCACUGAGGAGCUGAAACAAGAGAUCAGAGAGGCCUUUGAACUUUUCGACACCGACGCCUCCGGACACAUUGAAGUCAAGGAGCUAAAGGUUGCUAUGAGGGCGCUGGGGUUUGAGCCGAAGAAAGAGGAGAUUAAGAGGAUGAUGACGGAGGUGGAUAAGGACGGAACAGGAAAGAUCUCAUUCUCUGAUUUUCUCAGCGUCAUGACUCAGAAGAUGGCUGAGAAGGAUUCUAAGGAGGAGAUCCUGAAAGCAUUCCGUCUGUUUGAUGAUGAUGAGACAGGGAAGAUCUCCUUCAGGAACCUGAAGAGGGUCGCCAAGGAACUAGGAGAGAACCUGACUGACGAGGAACUGCAGGAGAUGAUCGAGGAGGCAGACAGGGAUGGAGACGGCGAGGUGAAUCAGGGAGAGUUCCUCCGCAUCAUGAAGAAGACCAGCCUGUACUGAGACUGCACCAGGGUGUUGUGGGGUUAGAAGACCAGCCUGUACUGAGACUGCACCAGGGUGUUGUGGGGUUAGAAGACCAGCCUGUACUGAGACUGGACCAGGGUGUUGUGGGGUUAGAAGACCAGCCUGUACUGAGACUGGACCAGGGUGUUGUGGGGUUAGAAGACCAGCCUGUACUGAGACUGCACCAGGGUGUUGUGGGGUUAGAAGACCAGCCUGUACUGAGACUGGACCAGGGUGUUGUGGGGUUAGAAGACCAGCCUGUACUGAGACUGCACCAGGGUGUUGUGGGGUUAGAAGACCAGCCUGUACUGAGACUGGACCAGGGUGUUGUGGGGUUAGAAGACCAGCCUGUACUGAGACUGGACCAGGGUGUUGUAGGGUUAGAAGACCAGCCUGUACUGAGACUGCACCAGGGUGUUGUGGGGUUAGAAGACCAGCCUGUACUGAGACUGCACCAGGGUGUUGUUGGGUUAGAAGACCAGCCUGUACUGAGACUGCACCAGGGUGUUGUGGGGUUAGAAGACCUGCCUGUACUGAGACUGCACCAGGGUGUUGUUGGGUUAGAAGACCAGCCUGUACUGAGACUGGACCAGGGUGUUGAGGGGUUAGAAGACCUGCCUGUACUGAGACUGGACCAGGGUGUUGUAGGGUAGAGGGUGGUGUUGGGGACAUACAGAGGAGAUUGUGGUUUGGUUUUACAUGUUAUGUACUAGUCAAGUCAUUAGUCAGUUAUCCAGGCCUGUCCUAGUUCAAUUAGACAACCUCCUUUCCUCAUCUCCUUCCUCAUCUCCUUACUGUCAUGACCACUCAUCAGUUAGUCUUUAUACAGUGCCUUGCGAGAGUAUUCGGCCCCCUUGAACUUUUCGACCUUUUGCCACAUUUCAGGCUUCAAACAUAAAGAUAUAAAACUGUAAUUUUUUGUGAAGAAUCAACAACAAGUGGGACACAAUCAU